CCUUGAUACAAGAUAUAUAUAUAUAUAUAUGAAGGAGAAUAUAUAGCAUAUAGCAUAUGUAUAUAUCUAGGUAGGUCUAAUUUUUCCAAAGAGUAAAUAUCCCCCAAAAAGCUUCAAACUUGCACCAAAAUAUAUUACUAAUAUGAACCAUCAAAUAAAAAAAAGAAGAAAAAUAGAUUGAUCUCUGCCCUUGAGUUGAGUUUAUAUAUAAGCUGACACAGAAACAAAUAAAGAUGCUGAAUACAUAUGUGUCUAAUGCGUAGGCCAACCAAAUCUGGAUAUUGUUUCUAGAGAGAAUUAAGUUUGGAGUUGAGGACAACAAGGUGGAGACAAUAAAAGGCCAAGUAGUGCUUGGUGGUGCAAUCAUAAAGAGACGACUUGGGUAAUGAAGAUAACUUAAAAAUGAGCUUUGAGUAGUCAAGUGGGUAUGAAAGGUUUAGGGUAUUAUAUUUGCAUGUACAGGAGAGGAGAGAAGCUAUACAUUACAUACCCAUCUUGAGAAAUGGCCUAAUAUAGGUAUUGUUGGUGAAUGGAGUGGUAGCAGUAGCAGUAGUGGAGUAUAUAUCAUGUGGAAAGUGGAUGAAAAGAGGAACAAAAGUGAAAGAAGGCAUGCCUUACAUAUUAGAGAAGGGUACAAUUAUCGGUAUUGGUAUGGAGCAUUAUUUGUUUAUAUCAAGUGUAUGUGUUGGAUGUUAUGGGUUUUUAUGUUAUAUAGUAUAAAGAAGGGGAAAAAAAAAAGAAAGAAAGAAAGAAAAGUGGGUGUGGUGUGUAUGGUGGAGGAUUUUGGCAGUGUUUGGAGAGGGAUUAGGAGGCAGAGAACAUGAAUAGGAUUAUGUGUUGGAGAAGUGAUGGUGGGUUUGAUGAUGAUGAUGCACGCCGGCAGCUUUACUCUUCUUUUCUUUCUAUCUCUCUCCUAAGCCCAAUUGGCACGCCUGCUCCCACUAAAACCUAUAACAUUCUCUUUCUCUUUCAAGAAUUGAAAAGCUAAUCCACUAACCAUCUUGACCUAGCUUGUUUUCUUUUCUUUCUUUUUUCUUUUUUAUGUUAAUCAUCUUUUGUCAGAUUUGAUUUCUAUUCUCCAUACUUGACUAUUAUAUGCCACCUGCUUAUAACUUCAUUUUUAUUUUCUUCUUUUACAGAAGAAAAAAUAUAAAAGAAAAACUCAAGCCCCACUCCAUUUUCAUCGAUUGCUACAAAAGAAAAGCACUUUUUUUUUCCUUUUUUCCUUGGUAUUAGAUUCUCUUCUUAUGUUCUUCUCUUUUCCCUCUCUCUCUCUCUAAUUAUCUUAAGCAAAAAAAGAUUAUUAAAAGAAUAACAAUACUUAAAACUAAAAAUCCAAGUUCAAGAUCCUAACCGACCCUAUAAUCAUUUUUCACUGUUAAAAACACACCCCCCCUCUCUUCCCUUCAAGAAAAGAAAAAGAAAAGAAAAGAAAAAAAAAAAGAGAAAGAAAGAAAGAAAGGAGAAAAAAGACAACCCAACAAACUCGUCAAAUCCAUAGUAAUUUCUAUUGAUGUGAGUCUUUGUUGGUAAUUGGUUAGAUGGAUACGUUGUUUAGGCUAGUUAGUCUUCAACAACAGCAAUCUGAUCAAUCUUUCAAUAACUCUACUAGCAGAACCUCUAGCAGCUCUAGAUCCUCAAGACAAAACAACCACCACCAUCAUCAUCAUCAGUACCAACAAGAAGACGAAGAAUGCUUCAACUUUUUCAUGGAUGAAGAAGACUUCUCUUCGUCUUCUUCUAAACACUACUAUCCUUAUCACCAUCAACAACAGCAACAACACACCACCGCCACCACUACUACUACUACUGUGACCACUCCUAACACUACCACUAGUACUCUUGAAUCCACUGAUCACUUCUCUUUCUCUCCUUCCCAUGACCUAAACUUUGACUUCUCCAGCAGGUGGGCAACCGAUAUCCUCCUCGAAACUGCUCGUGCUAUUGCUGAUAAAAACAGUGCUCGUGUUCAGCAACUCAUGUGGAUGCUUAAUGAACUUGGCUCGCCUUAUGGGGACAUAGACAAAAAGCUUGCAUCAUACUUUCUACAAGCCUUGUUCAGCCGGAUGACUGAUUCCGGUGAGAGAUGUUACCGUACUUUAGCCUCUGCAUCGGAUAAAACUUGCUCUUUCGAGUCAACAAGAAAGAUGGUAUUGAAGUUUCAAGAGGUGAGUCCUUGGACUACUUUUGGUCACGUAUCUUGUAAUGGUGCAAUAAUGGAAGCAUUUGAAGGUGAAAGUAAAUUGCAUAUUAUUGAUAUUAGUAACACAUAUUGCACUCAGUGGCCAACGUUGCUAGAAGCCCUAGCAACUCGCACCGAUGAGACACCCCACUUGAGGCUAACCACCAUUGUGGCUAGUAAAACAAAUGGUGGUGGGGGCGGCGGCGGUGGCAAUUGUGGUUUAGUUUCAGCCCAGAAAGUAAUGAAAGAAAUUGGAAGCAGAAUGGAAAAAUUUGCUAGGCUUAUGGGAGUACCAUUUAAAUUCAAUGUUAUACACCAUGCUGGUGACUUGUGUGACCUGAACUUAUCUGAAUUGGAUAUUAAAGAAGAUGAAGCUUUAGCCAUCAAUUGUAUAGGGUCACUGCAUUCAGUUACAACAGUUGCUAAUCGUAGAGAUUAUAUAAUAUCAAACUUUAGAAGAUUACAACCAAGAAUCAUCACUAUUGUUGAAGAAGAAGCUGAUCUUGAUGUGGGUAUUGAUGGGUUAGACUUUGUAAGAGGUUUUCAAGAAUGUUUAAGAUGGUUUAGGGUUUACUUUGAGUCAUUAGAAGAAAGUUUUUCAAGAACAAGCAAUGAAAGAUUGAUGCUAGAGAGAAGUGCUGGACGUGCAAUAGUUGACUUGGUUGCAUGUCAGCCAUCAGAGUCAAUUGAACGGCGGGAAAAGGCGACACGGUGGUCCUCACGGUUGCAUGCAUGUGGAUAUAGCCCUAUUCUGUUUAGUGAUGAGGUAUGCGAUGAUGUACGCGCCCUUUUGAGGAGGUAUAAGGAAGGCUGGUCAAUGACACAGAGCGGCCACGCCGGAAUAUUCCUAUGCUGGAAGGAACAGCCGGUCGUGUGGGCUAGUGCAUGGAAACCUUGAUGAUUGAUGUUUUUCUUCUUAAUCUUAAUUUUUCUUUUCAUAUUUUUAAAAUCAAAGUUUGGUGAGUGAUUAGCAAUAGUUAUGUGUUUUUCUUGGCACGUGCAAUGGGAUGGUUUGUGGAGGGUGGUGUUGGUGGUGACGGCGGGCGCGGUGGUGGUAGAGAAGGGAGAGAUGUAGGGAAUUUGCUUUGAUUUGAAUAGGACUGAAGUAAAUUAAUUUUCAUUAAUCAUUGUUUUUUUUUCUUUUUACCAUUUGUGAUUAUUUUUAUUGGGAAAAUAGCUUAUGGCACUUUAAUUGCGAUGGAAAUUGUAUAAUAUUUUGGUAAAUUUCAUGCAUGUCUUUUGAUUUUA